AGUACUGAUGAGAGCAUAUACGCAUUGCAGCUAGCUGACUAAAAAUAAAAGCGCAGCAUUUAAAUACUUUACACAUUUAUAUAUUCACUGUUGUUGUGGUAACAUUUAUCUCUGGCUUGCGAGAUUGCUAAAGCAGUCAGAAAUGGGCACAUCGAUUUUUGCGAUUCGUUAAUCUAAAACGCCCUCUGUGCUAGGCAGUGAUACCGAACAUGGCCGCAGUCAUAUUGAAAGUACAGUCCUUUCAGGUCUUGAAAGCAGUAUUGCAACAGAAAUGGUUGUGGACCAAAGGAUUCGUCAGGUGUGCGUCUGUUGGGCCAGGCAGGAUCGAGAAGGUCCUCAUAGCCAACAGAGGGGAGAUUGCAUGCCGAGUGAUGCGGACAGCAAAGAAGAUGGGAGUGCGCUCAGUUGCAGUGUACAGUGAAGCCGACAGACAUGCUAUGCAUGUAGCCAUGGCUGAUGAAGCUUAUCAUAUUGGCCCAGCUGCAUCCCAGCUGAGCUACUUGUCUAUGGAGAAAGUCAUGGAAGUUGCCAAGAAAUCUUCUGCACAGGCUAUUCACCCAGGAUAUGGGUUCCUGUCGGAAAACACAGAGUUUGCUGAGUUGUGUAAACAGGAAGGCAUCAUCUUCAUCGGCCCUCCGUCUUCUGCCAUACGAGAUAUGGGGAUUAAAAGCACAUCAAAACACAUCAUGUCAGCAGCUGGUGUGCCCAUCAUUGAGGGUUACCAUGGUGAGGAUCAAUCAGAUGAGAAGCUGCAAGCAGAAGCUGCCAGGAUUGGUUACCCUGUGAUGAUCAAGGCAGUUCGUGGAGGAGGUGGGAAGGGAAUGCGCAUCGCACGUUCAGAGGCAGAUUUCCAUGAGCAGCUGGAGUCGGCUCGGCGAGAAGCUCGCAAGUCUUUCAAUGAUGACGUCAUGCUGGUGGAGAAGUUUGUGGAGAAUCCCAGGCACGUGGAAGUCCAGGUGUUUGGAGACCAGCACGGGAAUGCUGUCUACCUGUUUGAGAGGGACUGCAGCGUGCAAAGGAGACAUCAGAAGAUCAUAGAGGAGGCACCAGGGCCUGGCAUCAGCCCCGAGGUGAGGAGGAAGCUGGGCGAGGCCGCGGUGCGUGCAGCCAAGGCCGUCGACUACGUGGGAGCAGGCACUGUGGAGUUCAUCAUGGACGCUCAGCACAACUUCUUCUUCAUGGAGAUGAACACCAGGUUGCAGGUUGAGCACCCAGUGUCUGAGAUGAUCACAGGCACCGACCUGGUGGAGUGGCAGCUGAGGGUGGCUGCCGGGGAGAAGCUGCCCCUUAGUCAGGAGGAGAUUGUUCUCCGUGGCCACUCCUUCGAGGCCCGCAUCUACGCUGAAGACCCAAAUAACGACUUCCUUCCAGGGGCAGGGCCCCUCCUGCACCUUUCUACCCCACAGGCGGAUGAGUACACACGUAUCGAGACAGGGGUUCGUGAAGGAGAUGAAGUGUCAGCACACUAUGACCCAAUGAUUGCAAAGCUAGUGGUGUGGGGGGAGGACCGUUCUGCUGCCCUGAAGAAGCUAAGAUACUGCCUUCGCCAGUACAACAUUGUGGGUCUCAGCACCAACAUCGACUUCCUCUUGAGCCUGUCCGGCCACCCGGAGUUCGAGGCAGGCAACGUGCACACCAGCUUCAUCGCCCAGCACCACAGCGAGCUCUUCCCUGCCCCACGGGCCCCCUCCAGGGAGGUGGUGUGCCAGGCAGCCCUGGGGCUGCUGCUCAGAGAGAGGGCCCACACCCAGGAGUUCGGGGCGUGCAGUGACGACCAGUACUCCCCUUUUGCCUCCAGCAACGGGAGGAGGCUGAAUAUUCUGUACACCAGGCACAUGAGACUGCAGCUGGGAGAAAAUAAGGUGGAAGUGGCUGUUACGUACAACCCAGACGGCACAUACAGUAUGGAGAUUGGGGAGGUGGUCUUCCAGGUUUCAGGAGAGCUGCAUGAAGAGGGGGAGGCCUUGUACCUGUGCUGCUCUGUGAACGGGGUGCUGUCACGCCCCAAGCUGGUCAUACUUGACAACACUGUCCACCUCUUCUCCAUGGAGGGCAGCGCCCAGGUGGCAGUGCCUGUGCCCAAGUUCCUGGCAGGUGUCAGCACCUCGGGGACACAGAGCGGGGCAGUUGCCCCCAUGACAGGGACAAUUGAGAAGGUCCUGGUCAAGGCAGGCGAUAAAGUGCAGGUGGGAGAUGCCCUGAUGGUGAUGAUCGCCAUGAAAAUGGAGCACACCAUCCGAGCCCCCAAAGCAGGUGUUAUCAAAAAGGUUUUCUUCAAAGAGGGCUCCCAGGCCAACAGACAUGCGCCACUCGUAGAAUUGGAGGAAGAGGAGAACAAUGAACAAUAAGCCAUAUUACCGUGGU